CCAUCAUCAGAUCUGAAAAAUGGGUUUCGCUGUAUAUCCGAUUAAGCUGGCUGCUGCAUUUUCCGAGCACUUUGAACAAAAAAAAGACGAUGGGGUCGUCACAGUCUACGCAGGUACUCGAUGAAGAAGAAGAUGAAGAAGCAGGAAGCGAAGGUGAAGAAGAAGAGGAAGUUGUUAAUGGCGGAUUGAACAGAAGAACAGAGCUGGAUAAUCUCUUGGUCAAGAAGGUUCUCGAGCAAGAGCCUGAGAUGCUACCUUGUCACGCCUCUGCCUCUCCACUCUCUCCUCAGCUCUCGUCCCUUGGAACGCCUCGAAUCGGACCAUCAAUCAAAGUCUGGGACCCUUACAACGUCCUGGCGCCACCUCCUCCGCCUCUCUUCUCCCGUCUCUCCUCCACGGGGGAGCACGACCGCGCCGCCGUGACAGAGGUCUAUUUCAUCAGCCACGGAGAAUGCGAUCUCAACCUCAGGCCUGAUCUGAUUGGAGGCAAGUGUCAAUUGGCCGCUCUCACCCCUAAUGGAAAACGCCAGGCGAGGGCGCUCGCCGUGUUCUUAAAUUCCGAAGGGGUUCGAUUCACCUCCGUCUUCUCUUCACCUCUGGAUCGAGCUAGAUCCAUGGCCGUCUCCGUUUGCCAGGUAUAUUAUAUUAUUAUCCUUCACGUACAGUCCUCAGAUGCAAUUGUUGAGAUGAGCUUAGGAGACUGGGAAGGCUUCCAUAGAUCAGAGAUUUACACACCUGAAACUCUAAGCUUGAUAGAAAGAUGCCAACCUGAUUUCUCAGCUCCAUCCGGCGAAUCACUCAGACAAGUAGAGUUUCGGAUGGUUCAGUUUCUGAACGGAACGCUCUUAGGAGUUGCAGAGAAGCUCAGGACAGAACUUCUUCCAUCUACACAUCACAACAUUGCCAGAGGAGGGUUCCCACAAAGUCCGCACUCUAUUCAUCGCCCAAGCCUUACGAGGAAGAAGUCUGGAAAGACUCGGUUUCAGGUGAUGAACACAACCGGUGAUCACGAGGCUAACGAAGAGAUAUUUAAUCAUCAAAACGACGAGCAACAUCUAGGUGAUGUAAACAUCAAGAGUUCCUCUUCUCAGCUCUCAACCUGCAUUGGAGUUUUCACACACUCGUUACCUAUAAAGUGUCUUCUCACCGGAAUCCUCGGAUGCAGCCCGGUAAUGACACAUAAGAUAUGUGUGGAGGAUUCCUCCGUGACCGUGUUACAGCACUCGUGGAAAACAGGUUGGCAGGUAAAGCGGUUAAAUGACACCGCUCAUCUUAGACUGUUGUAGGCAUCAUCAGAUUCUUUUACUCUCUUAAAAGCUCGAGCAACAACGAGCUGGUAAAUUAUUCCAAGACCUUCGCAAGCCAUUUGAGUCUGCAGAAGAAGAUCAACAAGCUUGCAUAUUACACAUGCUACCGACACGAGCCUCUUGUAUUGUUUGUUUUGAGAAAGAAAGUAGGAAAAAAAAAAAAAAAAAAAAAAAGCUAA